AUGGAUGGAAAGUCGGACGUUGAGGUCCACGGGAACCACGUCCGACAGGUUCUUACGAUCAUGCGAAAGCAUCGAUUGUAUGCAAACCUCAAGAAGUGUAUAUUUGCAGCAAGCGAAAUACCACUUCUUGGGUGCAUCGUUGGUAAGAACGGUGUACGUCCUGAUCCCGAAAAGAUCAAGGCGAUCACCGACUGGCCUGUGCCAGUCGACGUCAAAGGUCUUCGAAAAUUUCUUGGGCUAGCGGCUUAUUUGCAUAAGUAUUCACGCAAUUACGCCGAGAUGACUGUGCACCUCUCUCGUUUGUUGAAAAAGAACGAGAGGUGGUUAUGGAACGCUGAAUGUCAGCGCUCCUUUGAGGGUACCAAAAAGAGCUUGAUACAAUCCCCAGUACUGGCAAUUGCCGAUCAGGACAGGCCAUUUCAUGUGGUCUGUGAUGCCAGCGAUUUCGCAAUCGGCUGUGCAUUAAUGCAGUACGACCUUGAAGGCGUUGAACGCGUCGUCUGCUAUCAGUCGCGUCAGCUGCAACCAGCUGAGCGGAACUACCCAGUGCAUGACAAGGAACUCCUUGCCAUGAAGUGUGCACUCGCGAAGUUCAGAGUCUAUCUAUUAGGAGAUAGACCCUUCAUUGUUUACACCGACCAUGCGUCAUUACGCACGGCAGUGAACAGCCCGCACCUUUCACAACGAAUGGCGCGGUGGUUGUCAUUCUUUGCAGAAUACAACUUUACGGUUGAGUACAAACCAGGACGACUUAAUGUCGUCGCUGAUGCACUCUCACGUCGUCCCGACUUUGAACCAGUCGUGAAACCCAACAGUGAGGCAGCCACUGUUGCGGUAAUGACGUCCUCAGUCCCAUCUACAACGUUGUAUGAUGAUGUGAGGCGGGCAUAUGCCCAAGAUGGUGAGAUUGUGAAGUUGUUGACACAUCUAUCACAGCCAUCUCGAGAAUCGUUGAAACGAUUGUCGUCUGCGUAUCGAUCUGCAUCAGAUCGAUACACUACUCGCAACGGGUUACUGUAUUAUACAGCCGUUUCUGGUGACACACCACGUGUUGUCAUUCCAGAUGAUACUGAUCUGCGUUUGCGGAUCAUGUUCGAGUAUCACGAUGCUCCUAUAGGAGGACAUCGCGGCCGGGAGAAAACAUAUCUCACGGUGAGUCGAGACUUUUACUGGCCCCGCCAGUAUAAGUUUGUGCGCAAGUACAUUCGCGCAUGCGAAGUCUGUCAACGAGUGAAGUCAAGUCCUUCACUGCGUGCACCUUUACAGCCUCUACCGGUUCCGGCUGAGUGCUGGGAAUCCAUCUCAAUGGAUUUUGUCUUCGGGUUAUUCAAAGACGCACGCGGGAAUACGGGUAUUCUCGUUUUUGCUGACAGAUUCAGCAAAAUGGUACACCUUGUGGCUGUACCAGAGUCAAUCACAGCAAGUGGCUGUGCUUGUGUCUUUAUUGACACCAUCUUCCGACUUCACGGGUUGCCCCGUGAGCUCGUAUCAGGCAGAGAUCCACGAUUCACUGCUGAUUUCUGGCGGUCCGUGUUCAAAUCACUCGGUACGCGCUUGAAGAUGUCGACAUCUGAUCAUCCAGAGUCAGAUGGUCAGACGGAACGUGCCAAUCGUGUCCUCAAAGAGAUACUUCGAGGAUACGUACACUCCUUCAAGAGUUGGAGUGCGUUCUUGCCAAUGGUAGAGUUUGCCAUUAACAACUCGGUGCAUGCGUCCACGACACAUACACCGUUUUACGUGAAAGGCUUACGCCAUCCGCGAGUACCCACCUUACUAGAGUGUAACUCUGGUUUAAGGGGGGGAGGGACUCGCGCGAUCAAAAACCGGAUUGGUUCACGCUCAUCACGCUCUGACAAAGAGGUCAUUGCGUUUGAUGCCGAUAUCGAUAACAUCGAUAUCGAAGAAGAUGAUGCCAGUGAGAGUGCGGAAGCCUUCACUGAAGAAAAGAUUGAUGUUGCUGCAGUGCGCUCACAGCGCACUGAAGCUAACGAGUCAGCAGAUGAGUUCAUACUGGCUCGUGAAACGGUAGUCCGUUUUGUGCAAGACUCCAUCGCCGAAGCGGUGACUUAG